GUCUCAUUUCUCAAGAAGCAUUGGCGCGAAUAGGGUAUAGAAUUCUUGAGAAAAACAAAAAUGGCGGAAGAAUACGAACCCGAAAACGAAGCAGAGGUUGAAGAAGAAUUCUCCGUUUGGAAGAGAAACACUCCUCUUCUCUACGAUCUCUUCAUCUCACACCCUCUCGCAUGGCCUUCUCUUACUGUUCAAUGGCUUCCUUCACCUCCUCAACCCCACUCCAACUCUUCCUUUAACCUCCACAAACUCCUCCUCGCCACCCACACUUCCGAUGAAGAACCCAAUUACCUCAUGCUCGCUGAAUCCACUCUUCCUGGAAACCCAUCUCAACCCAUCAUCGCCACAGAUCCUGAAAACCCUAUUCUUCCCAAGGUUGAGAUUACUCAGAGGAUUCUUGUUGAUGGGGAGGUGAAUAGGGCGCGGGCUAUGCCGCAGAAUGCGAAUGUCGUUGCUGCGAAGACCUGUAAUUCGGUGGUUUAUGUGUUUGAUUUCACUAAGAAGAGAGGGGAGGGUUGUAAUCCUGAUUUUAGGUUGAAGGGUCAUGAGAAAGAAGGGUAUGGGUUAUCUUGGAGUGGUUUUAAGAAUGGGUAUCUUUUGAGUGGUUCUAAUGAUCAUAAGAUUUGCUUGUGGGAUGUUUUUGGUGCUUCUGAAAGUAAUGUGCUUGAUGCUGUUCAUGUUUAUGAGGGACAUGAAAGUGUUGUUGAAGAUGUGUCUUGGCACUUUCACAAUGAGAAUUUAUUUGGAUCUGGUGGAGAUGACUGCAAGUUGAUAAUCUGGGACUUGCGGACAAACAAAGCCCAGCAUUCACUCAAACCCCAUGAAAGGGAGGUGAACUUUGUUUCUUUCAGUCCUUAUAGUGAAUGGAUUUUGGCUACAGCAUCCUCAGACACCGACAUCGGUCUCUUUGAUUUACGGAAGCUUGAGGUGCCGCUGCAUUUUCUAAGUAGCCACACAGAUGAGGUAUUCCAGGUAGAGUGGGAUCCUAACCACGAGGGAGUGUUGGCAUCUUCUAGUGCUGAUAGAAGGCUAAUGGUUUGGGACCUUAACAGGAUUGGGGAUGAGCUGAUAGAGGGAGAUGAAGAAGGUGGUCCUCCUGAACUACUCUUCUCUCAUGGAGGUCACAAAGGAAAAAUAUCAGAUUUUUCAUGGAACCAAAACCAGCCAUGGGUAAUUUCAAGUGUAGCUGAGGAUAAUUCUUGCCAUGUCUGGCAAAUGGCUGAAAGCAUUUACAAUGAUGGCGAUGAUGACAACAAUUGGAUGGGUAGUGACCAGCACUAACUAGAAGAAGGCUCAAAGACGACAGUUUUACAGCCAUUGCUUUGUUGUUUUGUUUGUAUGUUUUGUGAACAUUUGACUUUACCAGUUUUAUGUUGUUAUAUGUGAAUGUAUUGUGCUUAUUGAAACAAUGGUGGUGGCAUCAUAUUAUAAUCGUCAGAAGCUUUCAUAACCUGAACAGAUGUAUCAAACGUGAAAAAGGUAUUGGUUCAA